AUGGCUCCGAGGCACUCCUGGGUCCCGCCUCCGCCCGAACCCCGAGGCGUCGGAGCUGGGCAGAAGCUGGAGACAGGUGUUGGCCUUGGUCCUAAAGGCCUCGGGCUGCAGCCUCCUCUCCAGCAGAAGUCCCCCGUCCUGGGACACAUCCUGGGCAGUGCUGCAGGCUCCAUCACUGAGUCUGACCCACUUUUGGAGGGUUCCUCUGCAGUCCCAGGUCGCUCCUCCAUCACACACCAGCUCCAUAAUCCGCCGUAA